ACUUUAAUUAUGAUGGAUAUAAUUUUAUGCUAUGCUAGCCUAUCCUGUUUCUCCUUAAAUUUUAUCACUUCUCAGUGUCUGUACCAAGCUUCUGGGAUACCUGCAAGCUUUCCUGGCUGCCACGCAUUGCUGGCAGUCGGUCCUGCCUCCUGCAAAAUGUUCCAGACCACUGAAUGAGGAGAGCCAGAUUUGAAACAUCCUCUUUACCCAUCAUGGACCAGAUAUCUCUUGCUCCCUUUACUUGUGGAGCAAAGCAGCAACUGCUCAAAGAACAGGCUAGUUCGGCAGCAUUGCAUCUUUCAACUUCCAGACACCAUAAAUAGUGCUUUGUUAGUGACCGGGUUCGGAACUGAUGGGCCAGUAAACUGGGAUCAGGCUCUGGCAAUAUGAUGUUCCAGUAACCAUUCCAAGACUGCUUUAUUGCUCUAUGAACAUCAUAAUAUCCUGCUGGUAAAUAUUACAGUGUAGGAAACAAAUGACCAUGGGGAAUGAGCUGUCCUGUCAUCUGUUUGGAAGACUUGACUACUGCUUCUGCACCAUCCCCUCUGAUCAGCAUUUGACUGGUAGAGCUGAACCGAGAGAGGAAGUUGGGUGUGGACAAGUGACCUAGGUUUUGGGAUGAGAUUGAUAGUGCCUGUUGGUAGACUUUGGGGACUUUCUCAUGUGUUUCAUCUAAAUGUUACUACAAAAGUGAUUGUGUUGGCAUUGCAAUCUAGCUAAAGAAAAGGACAUGUAAAUGAACUUACUUUGGGGUUAAGAUUGGUUCAGUUGAAAAACAGAUGAAGUUCCCUCUCGGUUGUGAAUGUCAAGAUCUCAUCAUACUGUGUAUUUCCCAUGUGGCGACACUGGGAAAUCAUCUCUCCCCUUACUUAGAUGUCAUACAAGAUUUGCUCAUACCACUGACAAAGGGAAAUGAAGAAACAGCUCAUCUCCAGCAGCCUUUUUGACCAGAUAUGAAAAUGUUAUUUUGCACAAAGCACCAUCUCUUCAGGUUCAUUACCUUGUUGGAGUAUCUUUGUGUUUAUAUAUAGUUGACCCUUUGUGCAUUUAAACUGAUGUUCUCUAACACUGCCUUUAAGUGAUGCUUGUAUUUAAUCUUUUGGGGAAAAAGUCAACAAGAGGAAAGAGAAAUUGCUUAGUGGAACUCACUGGUUCACCUGGAUAUUAGUACUUGUGCUGCUUUAAGCUGAGCAGGAUUUUGGCUGAAUGCAGUUUGCACAAAUGAAAAGUUUCUAGUUUCCUGCUUGAUAAGUUCAUAACGUAGUUGUAAUGUAGUGGUUUAAGUCUUGUGUGAACUUGCUUUUUACUUGCAUAUAUCUAGUCUAAGCUAAUAACAAGAACAGCCACAUCUUUUUGGUCAGUUUAUUCAAAAUAUUUAAAAAUGGUAAAUCAAGUUAAAGCACAACAGUAUUGCUGUAAAGUCAGAGGAAAUGACUUUUCACUUUCGUGGCUGCACUUUGGUUGCAGUGACUUCAUCACAAAACUGAUCAGGAUUAUUUGAAUUACACCAGCAGUAAUAGGUGAACACUGAAAAAGUGUCUUCAUUUCUAAUUAGAAUUUUUGCAGUGGUGCUUGAAGACAAGUGUUGGGUUUCAAGUGUAAUUAUAUGGCUCAUAGACAAUCACAGCAGUGGUCCACACAACUGCUUGCAGUGAUUCGUGCAGCUGCUACUUUCCCCCCUAUUCUUAUAACUUUCAUUUUGCUGAAUAUUUGAUCACUUGAAUCUCUGUGAUGGUUGUUCUUAGUGCAAGUAGUCAUCCUGGUCAGGCCUGACAACAUCCUACAGCCCUCACUUACGUGAAGAAGGUAGGUGAGAUUUCACUGAGCUGAGCUAUGUUCUUGAUGGUUGCUCUCCAGAUGUGUGCAUGAAGCAGAUUUUUCCAAGAGUGUUCUUUGCCCUACUUUGAACUCCAACCUAAGAAAGCAUUUUCUGAGGAAGAGUAGCAAGUGAAAACAGUGAAUUUGUGACUGUAAUUUUACUAUAGCUUGGCUACCAAGAAAGAAAACUGCAAUCUGUUGUGAGGGAGGAGGGUAGCAGCGGUGCAGCUUUUCUUACUAUCUUACCUGUUGCAUUGCAGUGAUGGUACUGCUUUUUUCCUUUCCUGUCUGUCAGCCAGUGUCUGAAGGGAGAGUAUCUUCCAGCACAGUACAACUUUUUAGGAAUCCAUUUACCUGUUGACCUGGUUAUUGAGACAGCCUGUAGGAACUGAUGAUAUUUUUGAUGGGGCUUGCCCACUAGGAAGUUAACAGUGAUUGUUCAUUUUCUUUAGGACACAAAAAAGCCACCAGACUUCUGCUUCCUCAAAAAUUUCUCUGGCACUAUCCAAUGAUUUGGAGAAGAUGCAUUGAAUCAGUAGCGAGGAGGAUGGGACUGGCUGGAUUAGCUGGCACAGUACGUUUCAGUGCAUAAACUCAAGCUGCUGGUGUUUUCUGCAGGAUUUAGGAGUAAAGAAUCUGGCUCAGGAUAACUCCAGAUCAAAGGAGAAGCAGCUUGUAUGACUCAGGGCAGCCCUUGGCUCCCAUGUAAUUAAUUUCCACUGUGCACUAGGGACUGGCCGUCUCUGCGUAGUAAUUGCCUACCUCUGUGGCUCCAUACGAGCUGUGCUAUGCAGGAUCCUGUGGCUUCAAGGGCUUUAGGUAUUUGAAAAGAACUGAUGUUUCAAACGGUAGUCAAGUGGUCUCUGUGUUGGCAACUUAAGUGUCUUUCAGAGCAAAUUCCAGUGUUUUGGAGGAAAAAAAAGAGAAAACAUUGGGGUUUUUUAUCACCAAGUAUUUGAAUCUCUUGGUUCGGAUAAAGGCAUUUUAUGGUGGCUGAUGCUUCUGCUAAUAGCGUCUUCUGUGCUGGAGUAGAAGGGGAGCAAAACCUUUGCAUUGCUCUCUGCACCCUAUGUGGGAUGUUUGGGGGUGGCGGUGGGGGGGAUAGAUGCUCUUUUUCCAUAUUGGGUACAGCAGUCUUCUAAACGUGAGCUGGGUGUUCCUGUGGACAGACUUCUCCCUUGAAGUCAAGGUUUCCAGAGCCAAGUAGCAUACAUCUUUGUUAAUUUUUCCUCACAGAGAAUGUUUGUUCUCAGAAUUUGGGUCUUUGCACGAAGCCAAAUGAAUUGUGGCUGUACUCGACCCCCUUUUUUGUGUCGUGCUGCCUUGUAGAUGGGUGGCAAGACAUUCGUGUGUAUGAGGAAACCUGAUCGCAGGUUUCUGAUACCUCAUCACAGUGCCUGAUCACCGGUGGAGCUGCUGUUGGGUUUUGGAGAAGAAUUUUCCUACCCAAUAAAAAUCUUCAAUAACCUCAAUGUAAACUUAUUUCAGCUGUAAUUAUUAUUGAGUGUGAAAAUAGCAUGGUAGGGGGAGCUAGUGUGUUACAGUUUGGGUGCUGUUACCCUUCAACAUUUUCGGAGAGUGUUUAUGUUGUUUAACUGCCUGCGGAAAUGCCCCUACCAUUUGCCACUUGUUCAUAUCACCACCUUAUGGCUAAAAUAAGCAUGUAAAAUAUCUGGCUUUGACGCUCUUGUAGUUCUUGACAGCCCUAAGCAAAUUUGAUUUAGAAUGGAAAAUGAUGUCCUGACCAUGUUUUUUUUAAUUUUAUUUUAUUUUAUUUAUUUAUUAAUUCUGGAAAAUGCAUUUGGAAAAGCCUCAGAAGAAAGCAACUUGUGUUCAUCUCAAAUGCCUCUUUUUUUAUCCAGCAACGUCCCAGGAAAACGGACAGAGAAUCUAGUAAACUCUUCCCAUGUGCUGUGAGCUCCUGCAGUGCCGAAUGCUCUGAUCCAUUGCUGUUAUUCAAAUCCCUAGCAAAAACCGGCACAAACUUAAUGGGAGUAAACCAGCUGCUUGCGUAUCUCAGUCAUUGUCAUUAUUUGAUUUGGUAAUUAUAUUCAUAAGCAACUGUUUACAGCUCCUCUCUCAAGCCUGGCUUCAGUGUCGUGUAAUUGCAGGGUGUGCCAUGGGCAUAGUUGCAGGCUGUGUACAGGCAAUAGAUUUUAAAGACCUCUGAGCAGUUACUUCCUAAGCCGCAACACAGUUUUACUUUUAAAAGUGAAAGGUGAAAUAGGUUCCUAUGGGAAGGAACAGAUACUGGAUUCUUACCUUUUCAGUUUUCAGCAUGUAUGUCAUGAAACGGUUUUCUAUGUCAUAGCUGUGGUGUUUACUUGCUUUUUAGACAUUAGCAUAUGGCAAUCUAUCUUUGUAUAGCUUUUUCUUAUAGCAGUAGUUGGAAAUGUUUUGAUUUAAAGAGGGUGCGUUAAAACCCAUUUUUUUAGAUCCAUAUGAACCUUCCUCAGUGGCUGUGCUUACACUGAAAGCUUAAGCCAGUGCAGUAGAGCUGGGUGUUUUGAAUAGGCGCUACUCUGUGUAGUGUGGAUCUUUAAUAAGCGGAGAGACAUGAACUAAAAUGGGGAGCCUGAGCCCUCUGACGGCUUCUUUGCAACAGGAGGCUUGGGAAUUUCUACAUUCAGCUCCUGUCCGUAGUGCUUGCCUUGCUCCCUUCGCUGUCGCUGGGGAAAGGACAUGGAGUAAGGCGUUGCUUGCUGCAAAUUGGGAGGUAACCACCUGCUGUGUGUCACAGAGAGGUUGAGCCGUUCUCCAGGUGGGAAUAUAGAGGGACCUGUUGAAAAGCUCUUGUCAGGCCUAUUGAACUCUGUCUCUUGCAACAAAGACUCCAAAUGCUGAUAGGAAGGAUUGAGACAUGGUUGGGGGAAAAUAUUUUGGCCGUUCCUCUGAGUUGCCCGUUUCCUGUGCCCAGUGACAUAGGUGUUCUCUUGCAGGGACUUGGUCAUUUAGGCUAGUCUUGCUAGGCCCUUUUAAGGUUCUGCUUCUAAAGACGAGAGUUUUGGAGAAACACCACUUUGGGCUGGGGUAGGAGGGACAGAAAAACUAUUUGGUGUUUGAUGUUUAUUUAUUGUGGACUUUUUUGUGGUGAUGAGCAGCUUAGUCUAACUGAUACUUUACUACCACCGGUACUGAGUUUUCACUUAGCCAAAAUAACUAAUUUUAUGAAUCCUGUCAAGUAUGUUUCAUUGCCCUUUAUUAGGGCAAGGUCUUUUGUUCAUGUGAGGCCAAAGGUGCACACUUGUACUGCAUUCUGGAGGGAGAAGUAGGUUACCCUGUGUAAAACUGUGAUACGUUUUGGGGCAGGCAGACCAAGAAAGGGCAGUUUUGGUGCGAAGGUCAUGGGCUUGGAGGAUGGGGUACUCAGAGUGUGAUCUCUCUCCCUGCUUGGCUUGUAAAGAUUUGCAAAGCAAGUACUGUGGGCUGCUGCCGCAAGGGAGCACUGAGCACUUGCCGGGAGCACCGUCCGGUGGGCACUUGUGAUAGAAAUGACUAGCGGGAGGGAGAUUGCAAUGGGAGAAAGUGCUGCUAUUGCUGUUAGUGUUGGAAGGAGGAGAGAUUUGAGGUUGUCUGACUGCCACAAAAAACCUCCAAAAUGCCCUGAUGUGCUUUUACCAAAAUGUCUAGUUUUCUAUCUGCUGCAGUAAGGCUUGUGAGGGAGAAAGACCAAGCAGCUCCAGUGUGCUAGAAGCAUUCCCUGUUUUUGGGGGUGGAUCUGCAUUGCCAGACUAACAAAGUAGCUGUUUUGAACUGCAUUAAGUGCCUAAUCCUCGGCUCAAGUUUGAUUCAAACCUGUGUCUCCUGGAGAUUUCUUUUUUAAAACUACUAGAGGGAAAAUAAAAUUGAAUAAAUAAAAGCUGUUGGAUUUUGGUUCCUUGCAUUCCUUGUGUGUGUUAAGCUGUUGAUUGCAUGGUGAAAAGAGUCUGCCUAUUUGCUGUUGCUUCCUGUGCCAGGGUAAGAGAACAGGCUUUGCUGUGGGCAUAGUAUACCCAGCAUAGUAUACCCUAUGCUGCUUCUGUUCUUUCCUUCACUUACUGUCCCCUUUCUUUCUACAGAGCCUGCGAUCAGUGGGAAUCUCUGUGUCACCAGUAACCCCUGCCAGUCGCUGGGGCAGAGAACUCAACCUCCGGAGUUGUGCGUGGAGCAGCUGUGCAUCUUGUCACCUACGGUUGCUUGUCAGAUCCAUCAUGGGCUCAAAGAUCGAAGCCAUAUGUGUUAAGGAUGGUUUGGGUUUCAAAAGUUGGAUGAUAAUGAAACCACGACUCUUUUUCUCAUACUCUUUUACAAAGAAGUAUUCCCUAUGUUUAUGAUAGGCACAGCCAUUCUGUAGCUGCCUGGUGAGUUGGGAAAGUGUCUUGGAUCCUGUCGCUGGAACGUGUGUUAGUGUUAUCAGCAGGAAGUGUUGAAAUGUUUAAUUUUUUUGGCUCCUCGUUGUUAAAAUGCUGCCUGCAGCAAACGGCAAGUGUGGUUCAUGCCGACAACAAACAAGGUGAGUUCUUAUUCAGGCAGAGACUAGGGAACUUUAAGCAAGUGAGGCUUUCAAAUUCACUGAAGUUGAUGAACUUCUCUGUGGCUUAUACUGGUUCUGUGCUAUUUUUGAGUGUGCCCAAAAUGCUGGAAGAAAGGUAAAUCUAUUGCUCCUGUAAAAAAGGAGCAGGGAAGCUAUGUAGCUAGGUUUUAACUUCCAUUCUCAUAAAAAUACUGAGUCAAGUAAUUGGUGAGCACCUGGAAGAUGACAGGGAGAAAAAUAGUGUCAGCAUGGAUUUGUUGCUGUCAAGGAUUCAUUGUCUAGGACCUAUUAAGUGGGGCCCCAGAAAGCCUGUGCAGAGCUGUAUCACAGUUACUCGUUAACAGCCUGGAUUACAGUACACAGAGCAUGUGUUAAGCAGGUGUCACCCGUAUGAAGAGAGCUGCAUGUUGAAAAGAGACCAGAGGGUUUGAAGUGAUCUUGAUAAAGCAAAGAAGUGGUUUGAAAGAGGCUGAAUGCAGUUGAAAUGGAAGGGGCUGAACUUGCCGGCUGGUGGAUGCAAGCUGGGUUGCGAGUUGCAGAGCAAAUGUCACGGCAAGAUGUACGGAUGCGAGGAGCAUCUGCCAGCUCUUCUGGCCCUCGGCCUGCUGCAGUGCCGCUUCUAGUGCGCAGCGUUGUGUUUCAGGGCAGAUGCCAGCAACUGAAAAGGUCACUUGUUUUUGAUCACAGAUCUAUUGGGACAGCAUUAGAAGUCACAGGCUGAAAUUUAAGGGAAAAGUUCAGGUUAGACAUGAAAGAAAACUUCUUAAUGUAAAGCUGUGAAGCACUAGAAUAGAUUUACUAAGGGGGGGGGGGGGAUGCCUGUCAAGAGAGCACUUUAAACACAGAUUUGGCAAACAUAAUCCUGUAAAGAGUAAUGUAGGUAGAGCUGGCUCUGCCUUGGGGCAGAUCAGUGCUCUCGAGGUCCCACCUUCCUAAACUUUGGAGCUGCUGAAUUGUCUUUGGCGGUCCCUCACGCCCACCCCCACGCCUCUCCUUGGACUCAUUUGGAAGGAGAGGCCGUGAAAUCCAUGAGCUGAUUUUUGGGGGACUCCUCUGCUCUUUUGCUGCAGCACUGUGAGCCUUCUCUUGAAUGCGAGGGGAAGGCCAGUAAAGGAGGGAUGUGAACUUCUUGCCUGCCCUGAGCAAGGCUUGCUCAGCCCACCCUGGCUUUCCAAGAAAAGUCCCUUUGCUUCCCAGGCUUGGGGUGGGGGAGUAGGUUGUGGUUUAUGGUCUCCAGUGAGAACAAUUUUUUUUUGCUCCUUUUUUAAAACCUGAACAGCUCCAGAGAACUGCCACAAGCUCUCAGAUAAACAUGUUGGGGGGAAUGAGGGGGAUCAGUCAGUGACUACUAGGUGGAGAUGACGUGUAGAUCUCCUUGUUGCAGCAAAUAGGAAGCUGUCUGCUGAUCUAGCUGCAGAUAAGUCCACCAGCUUGGUGAGCAGCAGGCAUUGCUCCAUGAAGGAGAGGUUACUGUGACCUGAAGGAUGUCAUCUUUCUGAUGGGGGAGGAGGUUCUGGCUGAUAGAGAGGAGCAGGCACUGAUAUUUCUUGCAGGUGAUAUUGUAGGUGCCGUACUGGCAGCUCCCUCUGUUUGGAGGGCAGCAUGUGUGGCUUUUCGCAAGGACUCCCUUGGCAGCUGACUGGGUGCCUCUCAGACUAUGCCACGUUUGCUUAAAUACAGCUUUAUAAAGAGGAGGUGCAGAAGCCUUCCCAGCUUUCUUUCUGGCUGGUGAAAGUGCUCCAAUCUCUUCCUCGCGUGGCCUUUGAUAUGGCAGGCUUGAAUGUUUCUAUUGCUUUUCUUUUCCUGACUGUGGGCAUCUGUGAGGUAGGCAGGCAACUUUCCAAAAGACUUCUGUCUCUUGGAGCAUACUGUUGUCUUGCCAGAGAACUUGUUGGCUCAUUACAGUUGUGUGCAGGCUGCCUUGAACUGAGGAUGCUGAUGGAGAUUGGCCUGUGGGGUGGUGGCUUUGGCCCAGAUGUGGCCCUGACUCUGCUCUUCCUUCUUUUUGUGGCUCAUGGCGCCUCAUUCGAUGGAGCAUCUGCUAAUCUGACCGUCUCUCUCCAAGAAUUCCUGAUCCUGGACUCCGGCUUGGCCGCAACUGCUGCCAAGCUUCUGGCCCAGUUUAUAGGCAUGGGCAUGGGCCAGGUUAUCACUAAGUACUACUGGUCCUGGGAGCUGACGGAUUUCCACCUCAUCCAGAACCUAAUGUCUUUGGAGUGCAGUUCCUCCCUCCGUACGUCAUUGUCUCAUGGUGUCUUCGUGGAAGGUGUCUGCUCUUUUCUUUUCCACCUAGCGAUUCUCAAGUUCCACCACAGUCGCCCAAUGUACCGGGUCCCUGCCCUGGCAGCAACUGUCACCUUGCUGGCUUAUAUAGCUGAGCCGUUCACAGGGGCCUUUUUCAAUCCUGUCCUUGCCACAGCUGUUACCUUCCACUGCUCAGGGAGCAGCCUGCAAGAGUAUAUCCAAGUUUACUGGCUGGGGCCCCUUGCAGGAAUGCUUGCUGCCCUCUUGCUAUACCAAGGGAACAUCCCAAGACUUUUCCAGAAAAACCUGCUUUACAGUCAGAAGAGCAAAUAUAGGAUACCCAAGGCAAGAGUGGUGCAUGUACCUGGAGACAGCAGAGAACAGAGGUGGAAGAAGAAAGGGGAGAAGAGCAACUUGGAGCUGAGCGCCUGAGAUGCACGUAGGCUUCAGGGGGGCCCUUGCAGCCGCUGUGAUGGGAGUGGGUUUCCUGGCACAGAGGAUUUUGCAUGCUCAGGCCUCCCGCUCUGCCGCAGGAUGUGCACCCAUUGCUGCAGAUUUCUGGACUAAGCUGGCCACGUUGCAGGCCCAAGAGCUGCGAUACGAUGUGCGGGCCCUGUGCAUCUUGCCCAGCACCAGUCCUGGCUGUGUGGUCACUGCUACAGGCACAGCUGCAGGAGGAGAUUUUUUAAAGCAUCCUGUGGGAUUUGGACAAGGUAAUCUUAACAGGAUGUCUGAAUCCCUUAGGCUUCAUUAAAAAUGGCUUUUCUUUUUAAGGCUGGUGAGCCUGGAAAAUUUCAAACAUGCAGUGUUGGCUCAGUGGGGAAAAUGAAUAUGUUUGCAUAAGUAGCUCAUUGUCUCCUGUAUUCAGGAAGCGUACAGAAACUGAGAACCAUUACAUGGGUAUGCUUGAGCAACUUUGAGUUUAUUGCAUUGUUCAGCGCUUGAAAUAAUCUGAAUAUGUCUCUUGCAGUCAUAAAAACAGAACAAAAACCAAUAACCAUACUGGAUGCAGUCAUAGUUUAGAGGCCCUCCUCCCCUAAGUAGGUGGUUGUUCAGCCUGUGUUUCAUGUGUUGCUGGUGAGCUAUAAGGCAUCAAGAAAUGGUGCAUUAAUUUUUUUUUUUUAAUUAAAAACCCAGCAAAUAUGUGUGAGCACUUGCAGACUGUCAGAGGGAUCCAGCCCUGGGCUGCUCUCAGUGUCUAAAUGAAACAUUUCUAAUGAUAAAACUAUGGUUAGUGAAAUAAUGAUUAAAAACGUUUAGAUGA